UUUUUUUUUAUCAAAAUUUAUUAAUUUUUAAAUUCACGGUCAUGCUGUUUUAAAUUCUGUUUGCUGUCAAAAUUUACGGAAUUUAAUAAUAUAAUUAAUUCAUUCAAUUCCCAGGAGGUCUAUAUAUAUUACAACAAAGGGGGUUUUACACCAAAGCCACUCGAACCCGGAUGUGUAAAUGUUGUACUCCCAAGUGCAAUAGAUCUACUUCUCUUUUUCUUUACAUUUAUUUCCCCUAAUUCUUACAACAUACUAACUUUCAGUAUAAAAUAAAUUGUCAGCGUUAGUCGCUAUAUAUAGUACAGCUACAUUUCAGAUUUCGAUCCGUGGCUUUCCUUAUGACACAGUGUUGUCUAUAUAGCAACCGUAUUAUCACAUUGUGUUUGUUUUCCAUGUACUGUGUACAUACUUUAACCAGCAUUCUUCAUUUAAAUACGUGACGAAAACCUAAAACCAAGGUCGAGCAUAAUUUACGUUACCUGUCAUAAAGUAAAAUCAGAUCCCGCUACAAUACUUUGUUCUUCGUGUGUUAAAAACCAGGUUCAGAGACACGUGUAUAUAGGUCAACUCGUGCUACAAGAUACCUGUACACAAUAAGUUCACGCCAAGAAUUUUUGAAACGUUUUUCGUAGAUGGAGGAGAAUGGAAAAGAAUACGGUAUUUUUUCAGUCCAUUCCUUACAACAUGCCCCACAUUCAGUAUAGGUCGUUUACUCCUCCGCACUGAAGGUAAUGUGACCUGGAUCAGGCAUAGCUCGACUGAUCACGGAAUAUAACGUAUCAUUUCGUGUUAGUAACAGUAGAUCUGACAUCUUUUUACAUUAAUUACAAGUACAUUACCGAAGUCUACCCGAUGUACCCUAAUCUAUACCCAGCAAAGUUAUUGUAAAUAUCAAAUAUCAAAGCUGUCAAUACAAAACAUAACUAAUCUGAUGUAUGUUGUAUUAUGUUUAUCCACUGCGUCAUCACAUCUGGACGGCUGAAUUUGUCGAUAUAGUAACCCUUGUUAAAAUGCCCCUUCCCCCGAGAUUAGCCUAGUAAUCAUUUUUCAUAUCGUUUGCUAAAAAUCUUAUAUUUUGUAACUUUAUUUAUCAAAAUGAUUGGGGGGGGGGGGGGUGGGCGCGAACAUUUUUUUCUAACUAUGAUGAGAGUUGAAUGAAAAAUAAAGGGGAAUCCCCUACGCAUUAUACAUAAAAAGUAACAGAUUAAUGCAUUCAUUUUAGAAUGCAGAUCUACCAUAACAAAAUACUAUAGUUACAUGUAACUACAUAUAUAACUAAGAUUUUGAUUAUAUAUAUAUAUCUAAUACAUAAUGUCUCCCAUUCCCUGAAGGGGGGUAUAUUGUUUCAGUGUGAAUUCCUCAUCCGGGGCCUCCGUGGCUGAGUGGUUAGAGCAUUGCGCUCAAAAUCACACGGCCUCUCACCUCUGUCGGCGCGGGUUCGAAUCCCGCUCCUGCCGGUAAGUGAGAAAGUUUCCCAGUUUACUUUCGGAAGGUCGGUGGUCUCUCCCCAGGUACAUUGUAUCUGAGUUCUCUCUUCCACCAAUAAAAGCUGGGCGCCACCAUAUAACUGAAAAAUUGUUGAGUGUGGCGGAAAACAAUCAAAACAAUGAAUCAAUCAAUCUUCUGCUAAAUCUCAUACAAAGUUUGUCCGGACCAUAACAUUUUUGUCUUUUGACAUAGGCCUUUAAUAUUUGGUAUGUGAGUAUAUCAUGAUAAGACUGUGUCGCGUGUCAUUUUUGAUGACUUUGACCUUUUAUGUAAAGGUCAAAAAAUAGAAUUUUGGAUGGAUUUUUUGGUCAUAGGCCUUUGAUAUUUGGUAUGUGGGUAUACGAGGGCCUCGUGCCAUGAUAAGACUGUGUUACGUGUCAUUUUUGAUUACCUUUGAUCUUGACCUGUUAAAUUGAUAUAAGGUAUCAUAGUUUUUACUAUAGAAAAACAACAUGGUUUACUAAAUUCUCGUUGCUAAGGUAUCUCAAUGAAGCCAUAUCUAAAUAGAAGAAAUCCUGUGAAAAUGGAUUAUCAUCGAAAUACAGCAGUGCGUGUAUGUAAUCACGUCAAGCAUGUUUAAUUAUAGCUUGUUACAAUUAUGAUUAUUUCAUGCACAUGUAUAUAAUAACGAUAUCAACAGAGCAUUAGCACUAAACGACACGAACAAAUCAGAUUGUAAAAUUUUCGUGUCAGCCCUCCCUUCUUCAGGUUUACAUAAGUUAACAUAGCUAAAAAUAUACCCAAAAAAAAAAUAACAAUCUUAAAAACACUAGCACUGAAACUGCACUAAACUACAACGUAUCUAUACUGCUUUAUUUCCGCUGGUCUGGAGUUCCACCUCGGGUUCACCCUUUCUUUUGAGAUACAGAAUAUAUGUAUUCCCUCAUUCUGAACUGAUAUCACUUUCAUAUAGGGUGUGGUAGCUUAGUGAUUCGGGGGCUCAUUUCGCAACCACGAGACUCCAUUUUCAAUAUUGGGAACCGGUUGCCAACCUUAAAUCACACGGCAUGUAAGUGAAAGUCAGUCUUGUAUGAGAACUCAAAAUCCGAGGCCCCAUGCUUGGUACGCCACAUAUAGAUACAGGUAAAACAAAGUGUGGUAUUUACCUACAGUCGCUGACUGUAUGAGUGAAUUUUUUUUAUAUGGAACGUAAUUGUAAACAACAAACAAAAAGCUAUAAUAAUAUGAAGUAUAAUAUAUACCGCACUUUUUGUAAUGAGGAAGUUCGUGCAAGACGAACUGUCGAAUAACUUAAUGUAGCGGUAUAUUCCGUGAAAUAUGCAAAUAUACCAACUGGAUCACUUUUCUGUACUGAACAAAUAUGUUGGCCGAGUUCCAGAAAAAAAUCGUCUGCUCAUUGGUGCGCAGGUCAAUCUUAUUUGGGUUAUUAAAUUGAGGCGCCGAUAUAAAUAACAUCAUUUGGCAGAGUGAACAUGGCGAGUGUGUGCUAACACUAUUGAUAUUAAUUAAAAAAAAACAACCUUGUAACUUCGGACUUACAUUUGCGACACAGAGCAGUAGUUGAUGCACAAUGGUACAUGGAUUAACAGUGACUAACUUACCGUGUGUGACUGAAAAUUACAUUGAUGGUCCUAAAAUGACUGAUUUAUCAAGUCAGAUUGAUAAUCCAAAUUCAUAUGUGAUCAAACAUAGUGUCAUGGUGCCAUUAGGAAAACUGAUGAAAUUACAGACUCGGUGUUAUGAUUAUGGACAAUUCCAGAAACCUCGGGAUGGAGCAGAAAAUGAUGUAAUAUCAAAUGUGACGUCGGUGGAUGGAUCCUCUGACUCUUGCAGUAAUUCAUCAAAAUCCGAGACCGAUGACAUUGAUGUGGAAAUAUUGGAAGAUAUCUCCUCUGAAUCUCAUGCUAGGGAUUUAAAUUCCCAAGCAUCCCGAAAAUUGGUCAAUUGUUGCAAUGACGCAUUCCACGAAAGUGACCAGCCUCCGGUCAGUGAAGUUUUCUUGCAAUCUCGUACUCAAAAUAGAAAUAUUCCCAGCAAACUAAAAGGUCGAUCUGGCGCUGUCAAAUCACAGUCAGUCGAUGGGCACAUUUUAUGCAAAAUAUGCGGGGACAAAGCCUCCGGAUUUCACUAUGGGGUGUUUUCUUGUGAAGGAUGUAAGGGUUUUUUCAGACGAACGGUACGGCAAAAACUUGUGUACAAGCCCUGCGAGAAUCCGAAUGGUUGUCUGAUCAUGCGCAUCAGUAGAAAUAGAUGUCAGUACUGCCGUAUGCAACGCUGUAUACUUGCGGGCAUGUCACACGAAGCUGUACGAUUGGGAAGAUGUCCAAAAAAAGACAAACCUAAGAAAAUGGAUUUUUUUAAGCUGCCCCAAAAUAAACAUGGAAAGGUUGAUAUUGACAAACAAAUUCGGUCGGAACAAAUGGUUCUCACCAUACACGAUGCUUUCCGAACAGCCAUUAAGGACUGUUUAACAGCGACAAGACCAACCUCAUUCAAACAUCUUACAAUAACAUGUGAAAAUGACGCAAGGAGAUUUUGUUCUCAAUAUGUAACAGACAUGGUCCGUUUUAUCUCUGUAUUUGCACGUGAAAUUCCCCAAUUCACACAAAUGGACGUAAGUGACCAGAAAACUCUCAUCAAGCACUGUAUUCUGGAAUCCAUCAUUAUCCAUAGCGUUAGUGUUUCUCCAUCAGAGAGUGAGGAACGGAUCGAAAGUCUGGAGGACAGUACUACAAACAUGGAGGGUCCUCUCAUUAAACUCAUUUAUGACGUGGUCUCUUGUGUGAAAAAGUUACGUGCCUUGAAAUUGACGGAGGUGGAACUUGCUAUUUUUGCAGCAAUGCUUCUAUUUUGUGCAGUGUGGAGAGAAACAACGUAAAUAAGCAGCGCAUACCUAUAAUACUCUACACGAUGACAAGAAACAGCCUUGAGCGAGAUACGUGGCAUUCCACAUGUAGUUCAUUAAUAAUGUAUCGAACAGAUUUGAACAUCUGUUGAAAUCAGUACAUGUUAUUUCACUAUUAUGUCCAUCAAGUGUGUAACAAAGCUUCUUUUAUUGUUGAUUUCAGAUCGAGAAGACUUGAAGUGUUCAGAGGUCCUGGAGAAAAUGGAAAUAGAACUUUGCUUGGCUCUCAAAUGCCAGUUUUUGUUAAAUCAUACUGACAAAUCUUCAAAUUUAUUUCCAAAAAUUGUGGAAAUUAUAUGCAGCAUUCGCGCUAUAAGCACAAUUUAUAUGGAGGAUAUUAUGAAUUCUAAAAUAGAAGUAGAUGAUACAGUUUGCUGACCAAAGGUAACAGAGUUAAACUCCAACAAAAUAACCUGUAUUGUUUAAUUCUGAAUGGAAAGAGAUUGUCAAUUGUGGAAACAUUUAAAUGGCAUGUCAGUGGCAGAUUUUGAGGAGGUUUCGGUGGUUGUAACCCACCCCCACCCCCACCCCGUUGUUGGUUUGAACAAUUUUAGAUAAAGAUUGUCAUUUUUUUGACAUUUUAAGUUAUUCACCUCCCCCUUGAGUAUAGAAAAGGUACUACAUGUACCUUGUGUCGCAACCCCUUCUUUGAAAAUUUUCUGGAUCCUUUGUGUAUUAUGACGGGGUUGUUAUCAGUCUACAAAUACAUGUACAUGUAUUCUAAUUUAUAUCAAGGUCAUUAAGUAUAUCGCAUGGGAAAAGGAUGACGUCUAUAUUAAUAUAUUUCUCCCGAGUCGGAGUUUAAAGAUCAAAGUUACAAGUACAUGUUAUUCGUUAGAAAGGGCUUUGAAGUCUUGGAGUUAGGAAAGAGUGUUUGAUGACGGGUUAGUUUUAUUUUAUAACUAACAAUUUUUUUAAAGAAUCAAACCCAACAUAUAUUCGAGCAAGAAAUGGAGCAGCAGUUUUGGUACACAAGUAUCUGCCUACUGUUUGGCCUCGUUAUUGUUCACCACUGGUCAGCAGACUCAGCACUAGUGGCAUCUUUCCGUCACUGAUAUAUGCUUUUUGGUCUUUUCAAGCAUUGCUUUUAAAGGGACAUUAGCUGUCAUUUUGUCACCAAAAUUGAAUUCAAUGAAAAUUGCAUGCUCUAUAUAUUAUAUUAUAUAUUUUUCCAAACCUCAAAGCAUUUUGGUGAUUAAAUAAUUCCUUCCUUAUAUAUUACUUUACACUAAAAGCGGUUAUCUAACGUAGUUUUAUUAGGCCUCUCUUGUUUUUAUAUAUUCGUAUGCCACAAAAAUGGUUGCCAUCACUUUCACAGGUAACGUCCCUUUAAUGUAGAUGGUAUUACGAUACAGGUAUUGACAACACAACUGUGAUACCUGUUCAAGUUCUAGAUUUUGAUAUUUAUACAAUGUCUGUCUUUCCGUUUUGUGUUCAAGUUUUUAUCCAUUGAUAAAUGAACUAUCAUUACAAUGAUAAUAAAUAUAUGAAAUCAU